CAAGAAGAUGAUCAGCAUCGAGGAUUUACCUGAACACAUCCUGGUGGACGUUCUGACUCGGAUCCCCGCAGAGGACUUGAUCCUCAACUGCCGGCUGGUUUGUUCCCGGUGGCGGGACCUGGUGGACUGGCCGGUCCUCUGGAAGCGCCGGCUUCGGCGGCACGGGAGAGACCUUAGCGCCUGGGGCUCGGAUCUCUACUAUAUUUUCUGCCACCUGGAGAAGAACCUGCUGAAGAAUCCUUGCGGUGAAGAAGGGUUCGACUUCUGGGAAAUCCUAGAGACCAAAGAAGGACAGUGGAAAAUUGAGGAUCUUCCCAAAGCGGAUUCGGAAAAAUUCCGAGGGACGGACUUCCUUCAGAGGAAUUAUUAUGUGAAGGAUCGACCCCAGCAGGACAUUAAGAAAUGCUUCACUGCAUGUAAUGGGUUCUGCUACAAGUCCCAGCUCAUCACGUUGAAGGAUCAUGGAUACUGGGACGAGCUUCUGGAUGGAACCGGCAGCACCAUUGUGGUGAAAGACUGGUUUUAUUACAGGCCCGGUUGCCGGUACCGCCUCUACGUGGGGCUGCUCGCGGCCGACUUCACCGUCCUCCAAGAGUAUCGUUCCGAGGAUUUGUACGGACGCGACUGGGAAAGAAACGGCAGCUGGCAGUGGCGUAAGGUCACGCACACUUUUUACAGCUGCCCCCGAGUCCGCCACAUCUUCUUCCAGCACGAGGCCCAGCAGGCGGACGAGGAACGCGGGGGCGAAGGCGGCCUCCGGAUCACUCACAGCAGCAUCACCCUUGGGCCCUUUUCUCUGGAGGAGUCCGACUCCUCCUCUGAGUCGUCCUUGGUCUCCUCGGAGUGUAGCUGCAGGCGCUGAGAAGCGGGCCCGCGUCGGAGCGCAACACCAGAUCCCAGGGAUCCUUUGGGAACAUCACCCGCUCUCCUCUGCAAAUCUCAGCUGGGGGGGGUGUCUCCUGCCAACUCCCUCCCAUGUGACGUCAGCUGCACCAGUUGCACUUCUGAUUCUGAAUAUUCUCUGCCGGGCAAGCUCUGAACCCUUAGGGGGCCAUUUUUGGUGACCCCAAAUGCCGAAGACCUCACGUGAUGCCCAGCCGUUUGGCAGAGUAAAAACCACGGCCACCCCCUGGGCUUUCCGACCCCGAGGCACCUGGAGGGCGAUGGCUUGCAUUAUAGCAGAAUCACGCCCCCAGGGACCUCAAGGAAGAGGGGCUCCCCUUGGAAACAAAGCACAUUCUCUCUGUGCAGCUCCUUGGACCGUCAAUGCGCCCUUGCUUGUUUUAAUUAGACAUAGGUUUUAAACCCUUCCUCCACCACCAACAGAGUGGUUUUACAGUGAGGCAAAACUGGGUCCCAGGUCUAGCCUUUUGGCCUGUCUUUCGCUUAGGGCUUUCGGGCUUCUUAUGCCUGCGUUUCUGAGCCAAUUAUUUUCAUUUUAUCUCCCAAAGUGACUGCUUCCCAUCUAGGACAAAGUGGA